CACGUAGGAGGCCACUGCGAUCCUCAUACCAACUCAAACGUCUAGGCUAGCUAGUCUAGGUAGGCCUACAACAGCCCAUAGCCCUUUAUUAAUAUUAUAUUAUUAUUACCAUGUCUAAACGCGGAAGACAGCCGUUCAAUAAAAGAGCUGGCUUUCAGAGGCAACAAGAACCUGCUUCUGGGGUGUCUGCAGCUCUUUUAAAGCAAGGAAGACGCAGUGGACAACUCAACUUAUCCAGCAGAGAGUUAACCACAGUUCCAGACUCUGUAUGGCGAAUAAACCAAGACGUACCGGAAGAGGCUAGGAAUGUUUCACUGGAUAACACAGAAGACCGUUGGUGGGAGCAGACAGAUCUAACUAAGUUAAUUCUUGCAUCUAACAAAUUGCUAGAGAUAUCCAAUGACCUACGAGAACUUGGAGCUUUAACUGUGUUAGAUGUUCAUGAUAAUUUACUGACAAGCCUCCCAGAUGCUUUAGGAGAGCUCCAACAAUUGCAGCGGUUUAAUGCAAGCCACAACAAGUUGACAUCUGUGCCAGACAGUCUUUGGCAUGCUACCAGUCUUACUGUGCUUAAUCUUCAACAUAACUUGCUAACAGAACUACCUGCCGGAAUUGGGGAGCUGCGUAAUCUUGAGGAUCUGAACCUUUCCAACAAUAAAAUUUCAGUGAUUUCAACGUCGAUUGGUGGGCUGUCCCGAUUACGAGUGCUUAAUCUCGCAGAAAACAGCCUAACAAGUAUUCCAUACAGCUUUGGAAUGCUGAAGAAUGUUGUGUCCUUAGAUUUAAACAAUAACCAGCUAGGAGAGAUUCCAUCAGAGAUAGGACGUAUGUCAUCGCUGCAGCAACUCUACUUACGACAUAACCGUCUGACACAUCUUCCGUUAUUACCAGAUUGCAGUUCACUUAAGGAGUUGCAUGUUGGAAAUAACCGAAUAGCUGAGAUUACACCAAAGCAUCUAGAGCAUUUGACCUCUGUCUCUGUGCUUGACCUUCGGGAUAACAAGGUGAAGGUGGUUCCAGAUGAGAUAACGCUGCUUCAGGGCCUCAAUCGAUUUGAUUUGAGUAAUAAUGACAUUAGCAGUCUUCCAUUUAAGCUUGGAACCCUUCCUCACCUCAAAUCCUUGGUAAUCGAUGGUAAUCCUAUGAGAAGUAUACGCAGUGACAUCAUCAGGAGAGGUACAGUGGGUCUCAUGAAGUACCUUAGGGACAGGAUUCAGGAAGAACCAGUGGCCAAUGGCAGUGGUGACUCUGGAGCUAGUGAAGCUACUCCUUCUGGUAUCAUAGGAUCCACUCAAGUUGUGUCAGGCAAGACUCUAGAUUUCACCCAGAAGAAAGCAAGCUCCAUCCCACUUCAUCUGUGGGAACCAGCACAAGCUUCUGAAGUAACUAUUGUGAAUUUCAGCAAGAACGUACUCACUGAAGUCCCUGAAAACAUCAUCUUAUUGUCAAAGUCAGUGCAAGAGGUGAAUCUGGGUUUCAAUAAACUGAGUAAGAUGCCAGUAGAGAUGCAGAUGAUGGUGAGACUUACCACUCUAGAUCUGAGGUGCAAUGCAUUGAGUACCCUACCAAGCGAGUUCAAUAGCCUGAAGGAGAUGCGCGAGUUGACUAUUUCCAGUAAUCGCUUUAAGGAGCUGCCCGCUGUGAUCUAUACAUGGGGUAAGCUGGAGACCAUCCUAGCAAGCGAAAACCAGGUCACCGCAAUCGAUGUUGCUUCCAUCCGAUCAUUACCAAAGUUGUCAACACUCGACUUGUCUAAUAACGAUAUAGGGGAGGUCCCCCCAGAGUUGGGGUUGAUUGAGUCACUCCGGUCUUUGCAGCUUAGUGGUAACCGGUUUCGCAAUCCUCGUCCAGCUGUUCUCAACAAGGGUACAGUUAGCCUCCUGGCCUAUCUUCGAGACAGAAUACCAACUUAAAGAAUGCACCAAAUGCACUUACUAAAAAGUUUCUUUCAAUUAUAUUAUUACUAUAUUCUAUUUUUUAAUAAUUUGUACAUUUUUGUAAAAUUUGUGUUCUUAGAUUAUAUUAUUGAAUUUUACAGUGAACCUCGCCAAAGACAAAUGUGCAUUAGUUGAAAAUGGAAUUACAGUAAUGGAUGUUUGCUAUAUAUCCAAAUGACAUAUUAAUAUCAGUAUUGAUAGUAAUUCACUCACUGAAAGACCAAUUUUAAAUUGAUUUUCAUUCUAUAGCUUGUAAGCUUACAAAGGUGCAAUCAUCAACAAUAUUUGUUCUAACUCGUACACAUAAAUUCUUGCAGUGAUCGUAUUAUAUUCUGUAUGCACUCAAUAAAUAUUCCUGGGUCGUCUA